UUCUGAAUUCUUCCCCUCUCUUCCCCUCUCUCUCCUCCAAUUCCAAAUUUAGCCGCUACCAAAUAAAUAUCUGUCCUUCAAUCUUAUUUUCUUUUUAUUUUUAUCGUAAAUAUACAGAUAAUUUCUUACCAAAGAUCAAACAGACAAGGUUUGAUUUGCAGAUUUCUGGGUUUUCUGGUAUGAGGCCAAGCCGGUUGACUUCUCCGGACGGCCCUUCUUCUAGCCCGAGUGCUGCUGUGGAAUCGCCAGAACCCAUGUCUGUGGAGUGGACAGAUGAGAAGCACAGCUUGUACCUUAAAUCAAUGGAAGCUUCUUUUGUUAAUGAAUUAUAUGAUUCCAUGGAGUUUCUUAGAUGGUAUCCCCAAAUGAAGCAUCUCUCUCAUGUCAAAUCCUCAAAGCAUACUAACCCCCGUGCCACUCCCUCCCAGUUUAAGGUUCUUCGAAGUGGUUGCUGGCAAAAAAUCAAUUUUGAGAGAGGUGAAUCUCAAGUAGUUAAGACCAAUGAAGCUCAUGGCAGUGGCCUUCUUGCAAAUCCGUGGAUCCUGCACUUUAGAUCUGCCCGGAGCAACACGCAAGGCGUCGAGUGUUGUGGAACACCGCGACACAUGGCCUCUAUAAAUCGAGCAAAUGAUUCGGACAGGAAGAAGUCAAUGUCGCGUUGGGGGGCUUCUAGUUCAAAGCAUUUUCGAGUUUUACGCCAUGAGGAUUUACAUGGCAGCAAGACAGAGGUUUCAGACCAGAACUUUGUUGAUGAGGACAUUGAAGAAGUAAAGUCAAAAAGGGUGAAAAAAGUAGAACCCGAUCCUUCUUCUGCAAGUGAUCAGCUGGUUCCGCUUCGCAAGCCUUAGUAACUACUCAAUCGGCCUAACAAGACUGUGGACGGUCUGCGAGAUUUCUAACUGAGGAGUUCAUACAUUGAGCCUGCUUAUAGUAGUGAUGAUGAUGAUGAUGAUGACUAGUAAACAAAAUUUAAAUUGCUUUAUCAAAAUUGCUUGUCCGAGCGAGAGAUACUUAAGACAGAAAUUCAUCAAUGAUUUGUUCAAGUGAUUAAGAGUUAAAAAUAGGGUGCUGCAAAAUGGGGGUGAAUAAGGUAGAAGAAUUUACUAUUAAAGCAAUCUGCUUCUAGAUACUUAGAGAAAAUGAUCAGCUUAUGUAGAUGCUUUAAUAAUGGCUCUUUUUGGUCUCGGUAUUGUAUUUUCUUGCGAAAUAUUGUAAACAUUUCAGUCAGUAAUUAUUAUUUAUUAGCGAAGAUGUUUUUGCUGCAGAA